AUGCAGUUGCGUACGCUUCUUCUGUGUUGCAUAGCUCUUCAGUUAUGCUUCUUAUACACAGGUUAAUUAGAAAAACUCCAUUUAUUGAAUAAAUAAUUCAUUCCAGUAAUUUUCGAAGUGAUUGUCUGGCUGAGCUUGGACGAUUUCGGCCAUUUAGCUUUUACCGAUGAUUUGCGUCUUUUCGCCUGGCUUCUCGCGAUCGUUUCCAUAUCGACAGUGGUGCUUCUAGUGUUCCUCAUCUUCAGCGCCAGCAAGGUUUUUCAUUUCAAAAACGUGUUUAUAAUGGAAAAAAUGAAGUUAAGUAUUCACAUUGGCAAAAAUCCUAUCUGGUUCUGGUCAGCCUAUUUCACUUGAUCAUUUGCGUUCCUUUCUACGUUUCUGGUUCGAAAUUUCAUCUUUUAUCAUCAAGUUCUUAGGAAAUUUUGCAGGGAUAUAUUUAUACGCAGUUGCUGGCAACGUGAUUCAAAUGGAUACGAAAAUCAGGCUUGAUUUUGACACAGUAGCCAUGUUUCUGAAUCAAGACAACAAGUCCUAUGUUCCAGUGGUACUUCGGAUUGUUCAGAUGAUUUGAAUAUUUUUCUCUAUCAUUUCAGAAAGACGGAAUAAGAAGCGCUGAAAAAGUGUUUGAAGUACAAAAAAGAUAUUGUUGUUGUGGGAAGGAUUCUCCCAACGAUUUCAAAGGAUUUUUCGUGAGUAAUUUUUUUCAGAACGGAUUUUCGGGAUUUCUCAAGUCAUUCCACCUCGAAAUGAUCGUAAUUCAGCCAAGCUUCGACCACAACUCAUCCGUUUUGAUCGGCGACUACAAUUUUACCUGCCCGUCAAAAAAAUUUUUCGAAAAAAAGUUUGGCUUCAAAUUUUUUUAAAAGAAAGAAUAUUCUUAUUUAAGGGCUUAAGAUGUGUUCAAAAUCAUUAUGAAGGCUGUGCGACUCGUUCGGUUCGAGUUCAGGCGAUUCAAGUCUUGGUGAGGACUAAACGAUCCUGCGAAAAAUUCUUAUGUAUAUAAAAAAAUAUAGAGGAAUUUGAAAAAAAUACAUCUAGUUUAAAAAAACUGUCAGUUCGAUUGAAAUUAUCUUCGGAACAGGAAAAAAAGAAUCAAUAAGAAUUUCAGAAGCAGAACAAAAAAACAUUUUGUAACUCCAAUUUUCUGUUCAGAUCAGUCAUGAAAAACACUAUAAGCUAAAAAUCUUCACUUCAAUUUUCAUAUCAAAAACUGCGCCGCGUAGCUUUCAAAAGCCACUUUCACAUUAAGAAAAAAGUUGAAAAAUAACGAAAAAAAAAAAACACAGGUUUUUCUCGUCAGUCGGACUCGGCUGCGCGAUCGUCAUGCUUCUGGUCGCACCAUUUUUAUAUUCCCAAUUCGAGGUUUCAGCCACUCUGAAACUUUAAAAUAAAAUCCAAACGCUUUAGAUGGACAGACGACGUGCCAGAGCGGCCUACAUUCGUUCUUGGCGAUGUGACUUAGAACUGAAACUUCGACUAGAAGACCAAAAGCCCAGCCAUGAGACGGAAAUGUCAGAAGUCGUGCCACAUUCAGCAAGCUCCUCCAGAAACGCCAGAGAGCCUGAAAAUACAGAAAAUUCGUGAAUAAAUUAGAUUUUGGACAAACUUUCUGUGCUCCUAACUUUACACGAUUUGAUUUCGGAAGUUAUAAAGUCAUGCUGAGAGUUCAACAAUUCCUAAAUAAACUUAAGUGAAAGAAAUUUUUUGUGUUUCAAGCGUUUAUGAGGAAUGUUCCCUAGAAUUUUUUUGUAAGUUUUGAGUCAUACUGGAAGUACAGAAAGUUCGUGAAUAAAAUGGGUUUUGAACAUAUUUUUUCGCGAUUUUCACAAUAUGUGCUUAGCGAUUCCAGAGUGGUCCCUAUAGGCGUUAGGGAAGAAAAAAGCCCCUACAUAAGGGCCGAAAAGUCGUCUCUAACUUUACCCCUAUAGGCUAUAGGGGUGAAAUUGAGAUAGUCCUGUAGGGGCCACUCACUGAAAACUCUAUAAGGACCACUUUUGCAAGCCUGAGUGGGGGGAAGGGAUUGGUAAAUUGGUUCCUAGAAGGGGCCCUGGGAGGGCCCCUAAGAUUGCUUAUAUAUGGACCAUUCUGAAGUUCCUAAGCGUUUUACAAGAAUAUACAAUGAAAAUGAAAAAGCCAUCAAUUAUACACUAAGCUAAAACUUUUUUGAGCUGAAACCCUGUUAUUAUCGAGAUCAAAGCCAUCACUUAACAGCUAUACUACGGAAAAAAGCCAUUCGAGCUAGAAACGACUAUUCAAGUUGCGUGAAUUUUGUCACUCAACUAGAAAAAAAGUUAUUUGCUUCCCAAAUCACCCCAAUUUUUAGGCGAAUUUUCAUUGAAAAAUGGAUGACGAGUACCGUUUACCACUUUCUAUAUUUUUCCCUAUUCACUUUUUGAUAGUUCUUGCGAUGCAUUUGAUUAUGUUCUACAUCAUGAUUCGAAAAACACCGAAGGCGCUUCAAGGGCUUCGAUACUAUUUGGCAAAGUCGUGUACUGUGGAAAUGAUUAUGGCGCUUCUGGUGUUCUUCGCUCAGUCUCGGUUUGUAACUCUUCCGUGUAGUUUUUCGUGUUUCCUUAAAACCGGGUUGACGGCUGGCUUGGGUACUUGAUAAAAGGUCCUUGACAAGAUAAACUGUAUUACUGUAUUCAGCAAUAUCACUAACCACAAUUCAUUGGCAAUAAUUUGCUACGGACCUGUGACGAAUUUUUCUGCUAAAGCCUGCCUCUAUUCGUUCCAUGCGUCCCUGGUUAGUAUACCUGCCAAAAAUAUAUAUUUAAUAUAUCCUAUUCUACAGUACACGUUGACUUCGCUGCCCGAGACCUUUCCUUGUGCAAGCGUCUUCAUUUUAGCCUCUCUGUCCUUGUCACAAAAAAUCGAAAGCGCGUAACUGGUUCAUUCACCUGUCCGCUUUUGGCGCUUUUCUGUGAAAAGAACAGAGGUGCUGAAUGAAGGAGCAUGCGCAGAAAAAGGUCGCGCGUAUCGAACAUAACGUGUACUGUAGGUGGAAGGAGAAGACAAGCUGGCGGAGAAUGGGCUAUAAUAACCAAUUACACAUAAAAUGUGAUUUUAAUCUUUUAAAAAUUGGCGCAUACAAAAGGAGAAAGGACCAUGCUUUUAAAUCAUGAAAUUUCAUUCAUUAACCUUGUACAAACUCUUCAAAACGAUGGACUUUGGAUUCUCAGGCAAUAACCCUCUCGAAGACGUUAUCCAUUCUAUGAUUAAAAUGAAGAUCAUAAAAUAAAAUAAAACAACCGAAUAAACAUCAUCUCCCUUUCUCAGAUCGCCACAGCAGAAGUCUCACUAUCAAUCGCUCACACAGCUUAUUUCAAAUAUCGAAACGCGUUGAACUUGUCGAAAGGACCGCCAUUUUUUCAAUUUCAAUGGCAAACUGGUAUCGCCGUGCUCCCCUUAAUAGCUUUGGUUGUAAGGAUGUUUCGAUUGACAUGCUCAGAACUCAUUUCAAUAAUUAAGACAACUUUUACACUCAGCCCUUCGGACUUGCCGGUUCUUCGUGCCGAGACCCGAGCUGCUCACCCAGAUUACGGUAUAACUGAUAAUACAGUACUGGUCGGUUACCAUGAAAUGCGGAAUCCUAUCUGUGUCGCUUCUGUUGUGAUUCUCGUCAUUGUCCUCUAUGGAACUACCAUUUUCACGUUAGUCUGCAAAAGGUGAGUUGAUCCUUUUUUCAGAGCAAAAUGAUUACAUUUCAGGAGAAUAGAAAAAAGUUUCAAAGAAAAAAGUAGCCAUCUUUCGGAACUUACGAAGAAACAUGCCAGAACUUUGAUACUGGUGAGGAAAUAAAUGACUUAUUGGACCUGCAAACCUUAAAACCUGACUAAACCCUUUUAAUCGAACGGUUUUUGGAAUAAAAAAUGAAAUGAUUUUCAGACCUUAUCCAUUCAAUCCGUAGUUCCGACCGUCUGCAAUGUCCUCACAAUGACGCUCUUCAUUUACAGACAGUACACAGGUUUUCGUGGAUUUUUAACAUCUCUCUCCAAUUUUGAUUGUUUCAGGGACAACCAUACGCCUCAGUGAAUACAUGAUGCCCAUUAUUAUGUCGAUUCCAACAACGGUCAACCCUCCGAUGUUUCUAUAUUUCAUCCAACCGUAUCGAAAAGCUUUUUUGUCGUUUUUUUGCAACGAACCACCGAAAGAAAGAAAUCCCUAACAUCGAAAUGCAGUGAAGUCCUUCUCACGGUAGUAUCCAUGUUCAAGGCCGCGAAAAAAACGUCUACUAUCAACACGCUCUUCCAAUCUCGAGUUUAAUUAUUUAAUUUUAUUUAUAUUUUUUGAACUAGUUCUUUUGAUGAAGUUUUAUUCUGAUUCGGAAUGAUUUUCAUUCGACAGUAAUCGAACGUUACAUACAGUAUGUUUUCAAAAAGGCGACUGUACGACGAUUGACGUCCCAUUUUUGAAAAAAAAGGCUAUGUAUGGAACAGUAGGCCCAGGCUUAUAUGAAGAAAUUUUUUUUUCUCCUAGAAACCUACGGGACUUUGCAGAGAACCUCUAUUUUUUUUCUUGAAGGGAACCCGAAAUUACCGCGACUAAACUCCUAAUCAAAGAUUGCGGAAGCAAGUAGAGCAAGGCACGGCGAUUUUGAGUGUUAAUGUUAGAAAACGGUGAGCAUCUUUGGGUAAAUCAAUUUUCUUAUGACUUGGCGCAAAGAAAUGCCGUUUUUUUAUUUUCAAAAAGUGAAUAAAGUUGUAAAAUUAGAGAUUCGACGCAAAGCCUUUAGAAGAUGGCGUCGGCAUCUUGAAACAUAAGCUUCACCGACCAUAUUCCCUUAUUUUGCUCAUUACUUUCAGUUAUAACUAUCAGAAGAAAAAAAAUAAGUGAAACUUUUUAAUUAUCCAGAAACUUGCCUGCGAAGUUUUCAGCAAAUUUUCUUCAGAAACACCGAGGAAACUGAUAAAACCAACAAAUCAGUGAUUUAAAUAGAUCUCAAACCUUUUUUCAAGCCGUAAAGUGUCGAUGUCUCGUCGGCGCCCGCAGUAGAUUAGCCGAGGUCCUAUCCUGAUAUCAGUGAUAAUCAGUGAGCUGCCCCUUGGAUGGGUCGAGGCGUUGAUCGAACUUGGGACCCUGUGGACCGUAGACAAGCGCACAACCUUUUACGCCGCGCCCUGAAUUUUCACAACUAGCGGUUAUUGUUUCGCAUUCACAAAGAUCUGAUACGUUGAUUAAAAGGAAAAUAAAUUUGCCCAUCGGAAUACUUGACCUAGUAAAGCUCAAAAAUUUGAAACCCUGGAAAAAAAGAAAAAAAUCAAGAAAAUUUGAACAAUUCAAAAAAAAGUUAGCUUUCUGGCCCAAACUUUUAUACAAAAAUUUUUACAAGUGAGAAAGCUCUACAGUGGAGAAUAGUGAGAAAUCCUGCUCUCAAAAAAACUGGGAAUUUUCAAAGAUUUGCCAUUUUCAAGUUGCCUAAUUUCUCCGAAAAGUUGUUCAACUGUUCCACCCAAAACUAGAGCUGGUAGUUUAUUUUUCCGUAGUCACAAGACUAUGAUGCGCCUUAGUUAAGCUUAAACGUUUGAAAAGAAUCGUCGUUUUUCAACUUUGUUCAAUUUUUUUAAACUGGAAAGAAAUUUUUCGGGUUGACAACAAGAAAAAAAAUGGUCAAAAGGUUCCAGGUGAAGAUUUUGAAAAAUAUUCCUAAUAUAUCCAAAAAAAGGUCAUUAAUAAAGAAAAAAAAUCCUGUUCAUAAGAAAAAAAAAACUUGAAAACAACGUGCUGAUAAAGAAUGUUCAUAAAAGUGAGAAACGGCUGGAGUUUUCUUUCAUUUCAUCAUAUUGCGAAUUAAAGAUGGGUGAGUUCGUCCAGAUUGGAAUAAAUGUCCGUUUUUCCUGCUCCGAGAACAUAGGUGACACCAUGUAGAAACUCUUCAAGUUUUGUAUGAAAUAGUUGUUGAUAAUCGCUUUAGAAAGGUUUGCCCGAGGAAAAAAUCUCUUUUAAUGAGGACUUAUUAAUUUCGCGAACCAAAAAGCCAAAAAUUUGUAAAAAAAUCCGCAGAGCUUCCAAUUUUUUUUAAAACUAGACUAGCUUAAUAAAUUCCUUCAUACAAACACAAAUACACAACUUUUUCUGUCUGAAGUCUGUGAUCAUUUUUCGAAAAGAAAUAUUCCUUUAAAAAAAUUAAUUUUUCAACUAAAAGCCGACGAAAAUCUCAUUAUUCAGCAUAUUACUCUGAAAAACUGAAUAAUUGGGAUAGUUUGCUUAGAUUUUGAAUUUCAAAUAGAAUGAAACCAUUCAAAAACGAUCUCUGAUUUGUUUCAUAAUCAUAGGUUCAUUCACUGCAUACUGUUAGAAAAAUAAUAAAUAAAAUAGUUCAGAAUACGAUUUGUCGUGCAUUUCGGGGCGGGGCUUGAGCGAUUACUUGUCGUUCAAAAAUCUGAACAGACUACAAAUGUUAAAUUUAAAAUUUCAAUUAAAAAAAUUUUUUUCCAGUCAAGCUGAUUAACGCUAUUUUCUUCUUCUCGUCGUUCGCAUCAAUAUCACUUGCUCAAGGUAAUAUUUUCUUACUUUCUUCUUUUCUUAGAAGAUACUAUGGAGAACGGUGUUAUAAAUAUUUAGUUUUCUCCAAAAAUGAGCCACAACGACUGUAAACAUUUUUCUGCAUUUCCAAACGGAAAUAGCCGAUGUGAAAUUACCUAUAGCUAACAGUUUUUAAACUUCAAACCUAUCUUAAAUUAUAAAAAAAAAACCAAUAGCAAUUUUUUCAGAUGAAUGCUGCCAAAGGCUGAUUUUGAGUUACCCCACAGGCGACGCAAUACCUCCCGGCUGCGAAAAACUUAAAUGCACGGAAGCACCGGUCCACGUCGAAAAGUCUCUCGCGAGCGCGAACGAUGUUGCUUAUUUUUUGAACAAUGCCGUCAACAUCAGCACGCUCACUGUAAUCAAUAACGGUAAUCGGUUCAACAUGCUCAAUGUGGAAAGAAUAUUUCAUGAAGAACGGGGUUCGUUUUUCUUUUUCUUCGAACUUUCAAAUUCCUGCCCUUUCAAACUUGGUCCAAAGAAAUGAAUGUAUCUUUUUGCACAUUAACAGACCUUUUAACACGCUGUCUCCGUUAUUCUCAAAAACAACGGGUACAAUAAAAAACAAUAUUUUUUGAUUUUGAUGAAACUUCAUCCAGUGUGAUAGCCAAUCAUCAGAAAUGCGGACCCAACUUUUUGAGUCAUUUCCUCUUACUGUAGCCGGGUUACGGUAGCCAGGUAGGCACCUGCGUAUCUCAGUAUUGAAGAGUUUUUAGUAGACAAAUGAUAUAUCAAUCGAUAGGUAAUCCAAUUUUAAAAACUUUUACAGUACAUAUCAUCUUGGGUUACUGUGGGAAAAUUUUGAGUUACGGCACUUUUUGCAUUUGUCGAGUUAGUUUUUCGACCACCACGAGCUUGAGCCGGGAGAUCCAUUCUUCCUAGCUCCUCAAAAGAUACCUUAUGAGAAGCUGUACAAGCUAUUACUAGUUUGAAAAAAUCCUAGGUGGACCAUCAUUUCGAAAAAUCUCCCCGAAGGCGCGCAAUCGUGGUCUUGCGGCGGCCAAAUGGGGGAAGUCCAUGACGCCUGACGGCUCAUUCUUCACAGAUCCAUUCUAAACUUUGUUUCCAUUUCACUUAUAGAUAUCUAUUAAUGGUUUUUAUUACCACUUGAGAUGAUUUCAGGUUGACCAUCAUCUCGAAAUCUCAUUUUGAACUCAAAUUUGGCCUAAAAUGGCCGACUCGGCUUUUUUCACGGGAUCCCUGACCCCGCAUGUGACCGUUCUCAACUUUUUUCUUCCUUAAAAAUGAACAAGAGUGUCUGAACAAUAGUUGUAUAACGAUCGGAAAUUAUUUUGAGAGGACGAUCAUCUCGAAAUCUCAUUUUGAACCCAAAUUUGGCCUAAAAUGACCGACUCGGCUUUUUUCACGGGAUCCCUGACCCCGUAUGUGACCGUUCUCAACUUUUUUCUUUCUUAAACAUAAACAAGAGUGUCUGAACAACAGUUUUAUAACAAUCGGAAACUAUUUUGAGAGGACCAUCAUCUCGAGAUCUCAUUUUGAACCCAAAUAUCGGCUUGAAAACUUUUGGUUUACCCUUCCAAUGAGAUUAUUCGUUCCAUCAAUACAGAUCUUGGCCCUUUCACUUUUUAAAGAUAAUAUAAACAUGAGAACUAAAAAAAUAAUUCCUAUCUUGGACCAUUUCCAAAAUGACUGUUUACCUGGGAAACCCACUUUUAAAUAAAAUUUCGCUUGAAAAAUCGAAAUAUUUUUGGUUUUUUCACAAAAAAAUAGUCACAAUGUCUUGUUUUUCUAGGUAUGAAAAAAAUUCUGAAGAUCCAGAACUAUUAUUUAGGUUAUAAUAAUAAAAAAACAUUUAUAAAAACAUCAGCUUGAAAGUUAAGUUUCAAACUCACCGGUGGUCAGAGUGUCGGGUUUUUUUCUUUUAUGAGAAAAAUUUCUUGGUAUUUCACAUUUCUCAUUUUUGACUUUUGUUUUCAAAAAAAAUUGGCAGAAUAGAUUUCUAUGUAAAUGAUAAAAACUUCAAAUGGGGAACUAAGCCGAUAUUUGAGUUCAAAUCGAUAUUUCGAAAUGAUGGUCCUCUCAAAACGGUUUCCGAUUGUUAUAAAACUGUUGUUCAGACACUCUUGUUUAUGUUUAAGAAAGAAAAAAGUUGAGAACGGUCACAUACGGGGUCAGGGAUCCCGUGAAAAAAGCCGAAUCGGCCAUUUUAGACCAAAUUUGGGUUCGAAAUGAGGUUUUGAGAUGAUGGUCAACCUGAAACCAUCUCAAGUUGUAAUAAAAACCAUUAAUAGAUAUCUGUAAGUGAAAUGGAAACAAAGUUUAGAAUGGAUCUGUGAAGAAUGAGCCGUCAGGCGUCAUGGACUUCCCCCAUUUGGCCGCCGCAAGACCACGAUUGCGCGCCUUCGGGGAGAUUUUUCGAAAUGAUGGCCACCUAGGAUUUCUUCAAACUAGUACCAGCUUGUACAGCUUCUCAUAAGGUAUCUUUUGAGGAGCUAGGAAGAAUGGAUCUCCCGGCUCAAGCUCGUGGUGGUCGAAAAACUAACUCGACAGACGCAAAAAGUACCGUAAUUCAAAAUUUUUCCACCGUAACCCAAGAUGGCAUGUACUGUAAAAGUUUCUGAAAUUGGAUUACCUAUCGAUUGACAUAUCACUCGCCUAGUAAAAACUCUUCAGUACUGAGAUACGCAGGUGCCCACCUGCCUACCGUAACCCGGCUACAUUAAGAGGGAAAGGCUCAAAAAGUUGGCUCCGCAUUUCUGAUGACGGACAAUUAUACUGGAUGAAGUUUCAUCCAAAUUAAAAAAUAUUUUUUUUAUUGUACCCGUUGCUUUCAGAAAUUUUUGAGAAUAACGGAGACAGCGUGUUAAUGUGGUUUUCAAAGUAAUCAAGCUACAGCGAUUGAAAAUUGAUCUCAGUUUCUCUAAAAUUUCCAUUAUCUUUCUUACUGUCUGAAGUUCAUUUGUACUUUGCGGAUAUUACUUAGAACAGGGCAUAAAGGCCGACAAGUCUUCAAGUCUUCCUAAAUUGAAGACAGUACUACCUCUAGAGGUUGAAACUUAUUUUUUCUGAGAUUGAAAAUCAUCUUCUACUGUUGGUUAAAUCUCCUUGACGUAAAGAAUAUUUUUUUAUUUUUUUCCAAUUUUCGAGUUUUUUUUUAAGUCCACCUCACCUGGAAAAAUGGGUUGCACAAGUAUAGGUGACAAUUAUUCAAAUGUUUCAUUCUUCCUCUGAUUCAAAUCUGUGUCCUGACUUUCCAUGCUCAUAUAGUUGUGUUUGCAGGACCGGCUGUGCUCCUGAAAGAUGUCGACUUGCAUAAAGAUGCCUUCGUGAAUUUGAAAAAAAUCGAGGUGAAGGACGUCUCACUUUACUGUGAGGACCAAAACCUUGUUGUCAUCGAAGGAAAUUGUCAUGAGGCUGUACAAAGUGGCAAAUGA